CACUGAAUUUGACCCGGCAACCAACCACCCAACCAACCAAACAAAGCUUUCACCUGAAAAUAGAGAGCCAAAAUGAACAUCAGGCGAGAACGAAGAAUGGUGGGAAGAUGGAGAAGAAACGAAAUAGUGUUGGGCUUGGCAGUGGUCAUCAUUCUAGGCACUGCCGUUUACUUCCGACUUUGGAGCAUCGAUUACUCCGCUUCUUCCUUCGACGCUGACCUCUUGAGACGACAGUUCGACUUGGCUAACAGAGAAGCGUUGGAUGAAUCGGCUGAGUGGAGAGCGAGAUAUGAUGAGGAAGCAGUGAAGACUGCCCAAUGUUUCAGUGAACUCAAACAGGUCAAGGAGUCUUCUAAAAAAGAUGAUCAUGACACUGGUAAUGCGAACCAGAAAUUGGAAUUGCUGCAGAAGGAAAACAUGGCAUUACUUGAACGAGUUGAAGCUUUAAAACAAGAACUUGAGACUGAGAAGCUGAGAUGCAUCUCACACUAGAUUCAAGAUCAAGUUUGAAAGAGGUUUUCUUAGAAUCAACCAAUUUUCAACUACUCAGUGCUUCGCUAUUGAGCAGGCUUUGUGGCUUCAUGUCAUUUCUUUUGGAGGAGAUGCUUUAGAAGAAACUAGGAGGCUUUCGAAGAGAAGCAUUGGCUUUUCAGUUUUACUUGUGGGAGUAUACACAAUACGUUUUAUAGGCUUAUUCCCUCCACCCUGAGCCCAAGAAUAAUUUAGUUAAAGAAAUGUUUAUAAACCAAUACCCAAUCAUUUGGCCUUCAAAUUAGCCUCUGUUUCCUGCUAAAUAGUGUGUAAAUUGUGAUACAUAUAUUUAAUAUGAGAAAAUAUUUGUUUUGCUCUUCA